AUUUUUAAUUAAAUAAGAACUAUAAUCCAAAUCUUCCACGUCAGUAUUUUCUCUUCCACCGAGGAGCGCCAAACUUUUAAUUGUCUGCUCACUGCUCAUUCUCAUCUCCAAAGUUGGACUGACUGAAGAAACUUGAGUAGUCUACUGUGUGUCUGCGUGUUUAUUUAUCCCCAUAAUUUUUUCUCCAUUUGAUCUUGUUGGCCGUCUACGGAGUAGAAUCAACCACCAAUUCAUGGCCCUGUUUAAGUCUGUAUUAGAAAAAAAGGUUUUGAACAGAGGUUUUCUGGGAGGGACAUUGAAAUGGACGUCGAAUGCUGAACGGCGUUUCUAUGCAUCGCCGCUGCCGGAACUUCCGCCGUUUGAUUACCAGCCGAAGCCGUACAAUGGUCCCUCCGGUGAUGAAGUCUUUCAGAAGAGGAAAAAGUAUCUGGGCCCAUCUCUGUUUCACUAUUAUCAAAAACCCGUAAGUUUGCCACCCUCUUCUCCAGACUCCUACCUAUAAGAUUGAAUUAAUGAAAUGUGGGGCGUUUAUUUGCUUUUGAUUUCCGUUUGUUCUUGUGGGUUUUGCUUUGUAGUUGGAAAAUGAUGAUUGUUUGUGAGAAUUUGGUGUUAAUUAGCCAAUAAUGGGGGAGAGUUCUAUGUAUGGAAAAUACACUUUUGGAAGUUUACUAUUCAAAUUUAUGAUUUUGAUUCUGAUUUUAACCAAUUUCCGUUGGUUAUGGAAAUUCACGUUUGAAUAAUCUUUUGGGUUGCAAGUCAAAUGCGCAUUGGUGACUUUAUAAACAAAUAAUUUGAUGGCAAGGUUUACUCUUUUUGAUGUAUUUUGUUUUUAAAUUUCAGUUAUGGGAUUAAUGUGCACCUUCAUUUACCUUUGAAUAUCCGAUUCUGCUGUUUAUAGUCCUUGAUUGGUUGACUGGAUAAGACAAAAAUUCGUUUAGUUUUGUUAUUUUGUUGCAUCCACAGCUCAAUAUUGUUGAAGGGAAGAUGCAAUAUUUGUUUGAUGAGAACGGAAGGCGAUAUCUUGAUGCAUUUGCUGGUAUAGUGACCGUGUCUUGUGGUCAUUGCCAUCCUGAUGUGUUAAAUGCCAUCACAAAGCAGAACGAGCUUCUUCAACAUGCAACAACAAUAUACCUGCAUCAUGCAAUUGCUGAUUUUGCUGAAGCAUUGGCAUCUAAGAUGCCUGGAAACUUAAAGGUUGUUUAUUUUGUAAAUUCAGGAACUGAAGCAAAUGAAUUAGCAAUGAUGAUGGCACGGUUGUAUACCGGCAACCUUGGCAUGAUAGCCUUGAGAAAUGCAUAUCAUGGUGGAAGCUCUAAUACAAUCGGACUUACUGCCCUUAAUACUUGGAAAUAUCCUAUUCCACAGGGUGAAAUUCAUCAUGUUGUCAAUCCUAAUCCCUAUCGAGGUGUCUUUGGAUCUGAUGCAAGUCGUUAUGCUGAAGAUGUGCAAGAUCACAUUGAUCAUGGAACUUCUGGAAAAGUUGCUGGAUUUAUAGCUGAAACUAUUCAGGGAGUUGGUGGAGCUGUUGAACUAGCUCCUGGAUACUUGAAACUGGUUUACGACAUUGUUCGCAAGGCUGGUGGUGUUUGUAUUGCUGAUGAAGUCCAAACUGGAUUUGGUCGAACAGGAAGUAACUAUUGGGGCUUUGAGACUCAGGGAGUGAUUCCUGAUAUUGUUACCAUGGCGAAGGGUAUCGGGAAUGGUUUACCCCUUGGAGCUGUAGUGACCACCCCAGAAAUAGCUAGUGUAAUGUCUCAAAAGAUACAGUUUAACACCUUUGGUGGCAACCCUGUGUGCUCUGCUGGUGGCCUGGCCGUACUAAAAGUUAUUGAUAAGGAACAGCGCCAACAGCAUUGUUCUGAAGUUGGAUCGCACUUGAUUGAACGUCUCAGAGUUCUCCAGAAAAAACAUGAUAUCAUUGGAGAUGUUAGAGGUAGGGGAUUGAUGGUGGGCGUAGAACUAGUCACUGACAGAACUUCCAAGUCUCCUGCAAAAGCAGAAACUGCAGUUUUAUUCGAGAAGCUCAGAGAACUUGGUGUCUUAGUUGGGAAAGGUGGACUACAUGGAAAUGUUUUUAGGAUAAAGCCUCCCAUGUGCUUUAGUAGAGAUGAUGCAGAUUUUCUUGUUGAUGCAUUGGAUUACGCCAUGUCGAAGUUGUGAGCAGUGGACAUGCAAAAUUACCUAUCUUCAGCCAGCUCAAAAAGGAUCCUGUUAUAGAUUUGUAGGCCAAUAAGUUGUAAAUUGCUGCAAGAAUGCUGUUAUGUACUUAGUUUCUUUCGUAACGCGCCCCCAAGAAGGGAGUACUUAAAUUACAUCUUCAUUCUAUCAGAAAAAAGUACUUCAGUUUGUUGAACUAUUAGCUUGGACAGAUGGAUUUUUCUUCUUCUUUUUUUUUUUUUUUUCUUUUUUUAGGUUUUCUUUUUACUGUUUGCGCC